GAAUGAAUGUAGGAAUGGUUUGGUCAAGCUACAAUAGACCAUAAAAAUGUCUUCUUGUUUAAUGGUGUGCAGUAGGACCUAGGGGAUGACUGCCACUCUGGAGGACAGAGGAGUAUGUGUCUGUUUAAAAGAGGAAGAAAAAAAAAAUCCCAGAGACACAAUGUGUGACAGUUACAGCCCUUCACAGGAAAGGACACGGUAUGGGAGAACAUCCUGACGGACCCCGGCCUAAGUACGUGAAUACUGAUCAACAUCACUGGAAAUAGGAAGAGCAGGUGGGACCAUAUCCCUUCACCUGUUUUUUGUUAGAUGGAAAGGGCAGCAUAGGGACACCUGAAUGAGCUUCGCUCCUUGGAGCCGAGACCUUCCUGGAUGAUAAUACUUUUAAGGGAUCAUGAUACACUUUGGUUGUUCUCCACUGAAAACACCUGAGAUGCUGAGUGUUGAAACACUGGCCUCCUGUGGGAUUGCACUGCACUUGUUUUAAUGCAGGAGGAAAGUUUCCACACAUGUGAAAAAUGUCCAGAUGUUAAUAUCUCGGGUCUGAUUGGAGAUUUAUCAAAAAAAGCAAAGAAGUCCCUGAAGUUGACAGAGAUGGUCUCAACGCAAAUGCAUGACACACAGAAGAGAAAACAACAUUUAAGCAUGGAGAAGCUCAGUUCCAUAUCAAACCCGUGAAGCAUGGAGAAAGCCGUGCCAGGUCUGAUGCUGGGUCUCCUGCCCAAUCACACAACUCCAAAUGACACAGCCAGCCAGCGGAGCACAACCAAACCUACCCCUCCCAGUAUGGAGGAGGUCAUCCACUCAGAAUCCCAGAUUAAGGAUCUUGUUGGGCUGUUUUGCAUGGUGACCCUUAACCUGGCAGCCCUAUUGGGCAACAGCGGAGUCAUGGUGGCCAUUGCCCGAGCUCCACACAUGAAAAAAUAUGUGUUUGUCUGUCAUCUUUGUGCAGUUGACCUGCUUUGUGCUAUAUUGCUGAUGCCUCUUGGGAUAGUAUCUAGCUCUCCGUUCUUCAGCACUGUAGCAUUUACUGUUCUGGAGUGCCAAGUGUACAUCUUUCUAAAUGUGUUCCUCAUCUGUGCCUCUAUUCUUACAGUGACUGCGAUCAGUAUUGAACGCUAUUACUACAUUGUCCAUCCUAUGCGAUAUGAGGUAAAGAUGACUCUAAAAGUGGCGCUUGGUGUUAUGGUCUUCAUUUGGGUCAAAUCCAUCCUGCUGGCAUUGGUUACGCUUCUUGGUUGGCCAGCGUAUGGGAAUCAGAGCUCCAUUGCAGCAGCCCACUGCUCUUUACACUGGAGCCACAGCCGUCUUAGGAAGGUUUUUGCUAUUCUCUUCAGCGUGCUUUGCUUCCUGGUUCCCGCUGUUGUGAUUUUUGCCGUAUAUUGCAAUGUAUACAAAGUUGCACGAACGGCAGCACAUCAGCAUGCACUGGUGCCCAUCUCGAUGGGCAACCAGGCUAAGCGUCGCUCGGAUUCCAUUAACAGUCAGACGACUAUCAUCACCACCACUCGCAGCCUCCCCCAGAGAUUGUCUCCUGAGAGAGCUUUUGGGGGAGGAAAGGCUGCUAUCACCCUGGUUGUCAUUGUAGGCCAAUUUCUUAUCUGUUGGCUCCCAUACUUCAGUUUCCACCUUCACAUGUCCAUCACCACUCCACUUCAAAGCCCAGGGAACAUUGAAGAAGCCGUCAUGUGGCUAGCAUACUCCUCGUUUGCUGUGAAUCCAUUCUUCUAUGGUCUUCUAAACCGACAGAUCCGCGAGGAACUGAUAAAACUGAGAAAAUGUUGUUCCCGUAGACCAAUUGAACUUCGAGCCUCCAGUCACGAAGGUUCCAUCCAGGAAAACUUUCUUCAGUUUCUGCAGAGGACCAGCAGCACGGCUGAGACCACUAGGCCCAGUUGUGGCAAUUCCAGUCCGAGGAAUACUUUGGACCAGGGUUCCAGGUUACCUGGCCAGAUUCCUGAGGAUUGACUGGGAAAACGAUGCCACUAGCCAAAUCAAGACUUAGGAAGUUUUGUUUUUAAUAAGAAGGGCAUUCAUUCAAUGUUAAACCCAUGCAAAAUCAGAUCUAAAUGCUCUUUGGACCAGUGUAAUCUAUGUAUCCAUAAUUUGUUGUUUUGUUUCCCAUAGAUCAGUGGCAACAGUAAGUAUUUAUGAUGUUUAAAUAUCAAAUUUCACAACUUUUGUUGCAUAUUCAUUAAUUUCUGAAAAAGUGU